UGGCAACCUCAGCAGCCUGUCCCGGGAGCCGCCAGCAUGGAUGACAUCUACAAAGCUGCGGUAGAACAGCUGACAGAAGAGCAGAAAAAUGAGUUCAAGGCCGCCUUUGAUAUCUUUGUGCUGGGUGCUGAGGAUGGCUGCAUCAGCACCAAGGAGCUGGGCAAGGUGAUGAGGAUGCUGGGCCAGAACCCCACACCUGAAGAGCUACAGGAGAUGAUCGAUGAAGUAGAUGAGGAUGGCAGCGGCACAGUAGACUUUGAUGAGUUCCUUGUCAUGAUGGUUCGGUGCAUGAAGGAUGACAGCAAAGGGAAAUCUGAGGAGGAGUUGUCGGACCUCUUCCGCAUGUUUGACAAAAAUGCUGAUGGCUAUAUUGACCUGGAUGAGCUGAAGAUGAUGCUACAGGCCACGGGUGAGACCAUUACGGAGGAUGACAUCGAGGAGCUCAUGAAGGAUGGUGACAAGAACAAUGAUGGCCGCAUUGACUAUGAUGAGUUCCUGGAGUUCAUGAAGGGUGUGGAGUAGACACUGACCUUCCAUCAAAAGCUGCCCAUGCCUGUACUCCCACUCCAACCACGCCCUGUAGUGGGGCUGGGGGCCCUAGACUCUGAGCCUGAUUGUGUCUGCCCUUGAACCUUGGCCCUCCUGGACUUACUCCCCACCCUUGUCCUGGGAAUGCAAAUAAAGCUUGCUCCCCA